AUGCUACCAGCACCAAUCAGCAUCGCAGCUUUGUAUCACGUGAUUCUCGACCACACCUCGUUCCGAAUUUGUACUGUCAUACAACUCUGCCAGAACUCUACUCUCAUGGAAGCCUGUCUCCUUCGUGGCUUUGGCCUCUCCGCGCGCUCGCGCGUAUUUACCGCUAGGAAAGUCUCUUUAGCCUUCUCAAGAGCAAAAUCUACCGCACCGAAAGCGAAAUCCGCGACCGAAGGUCUUGCCAAAUCCCUGACAUGGCCAGAAUACCUGGCAAUUCGGCGGAGUAAACGAAAGUGGCAGACGGCUGCUACUGUUCCUUGUGCAAUUCUUGGAUUUGCGGGAGGAGUGCUUUAUUUUGGGACACGAGAGACAGAUCCUCUAAAACCCAUCUUCGGAAUCGACCCAUUCUUCUUCUACGGCUUCUGCACAUUGGGAUGCGUCCUUGCUGGAGCCGUGGUUGGCCCGUCAUUCGGGACGGCGAUCUGGCGGUAUACUCAUCGUCAGGUAGCGCCUCUCAUCGACGCUAAGGACCAUGAGUUCUUUCAACGUAUAGCAAAGAACCGCGUGGAUGCCUCUCUGCAAAGCCCCACCAACCCAGUGCCAGAUUAUUACGGAGAGAGAAUUGGGUCGCUGCAUGAGUAUAGAAAUUGGUUGAGGGAUCAGGCCAGGUACAAACGCAAAGCAUUACUUCCCGAAGAACUUUAG